AUGACUUUCACGCUCAACCAGGUGUUACUUCGAUCUGUGAGCCCUACGGGGCUAGGAUUCGCCAACAUGGUUGAGUUUGUCAUAGGAUCCGUGCUGUUUAUCAGCAGAGAGCCAGUGAGACUUGCGCUCCAACCGCUGGAUCCAAGUGCCAAGAACUUUUACCAGACAGUGAUAAAUUUCUCCUAUUUGGGGCUCGCAGUCUGCGGAGCACUGGUUGUUCCUGUUUUCUACUGGCAAUUGGACUUGAGCGGGCUUCAAUUGCAUCCAUGGGAGUACCAGUUGGGGAUUGGAGCGGUUUUGGCCUCUGUAAUCCUCGAACUACUUAGCGAGCCGUUUUAUAACUUAAACCAGGCACAGCUCAACAUGGCAAAGAGAGCCAAAAUAGAGAGUAUGGCCUCGUUUGUGAAAUGCGCCGUUCAAUUCUUUGUUGUCACGCGAUUGGCAAUUGGCUCGUCUACAGACGUGACCUUUGUGUUUGGCUACGUGAUUUCCCAGUUCUGCUACUCGCUCACUAUUUUUGGAUGCUACUCCAAAUUCAGAUUAAUAUGGCCCACGAAAACAUCAGAGGGCAUUUAUUUAACCACAUCAACGUUUAACUACCUCAGAUCGCUGUUUGUGCAGCUGGUGUUCAAACAUUUCCUUACCGAGGGAGACAAAUUCGUGCUGAACCAGCUGUUUCCAAUAUUCGACCAAGGUUACUACUCGGUUGUGUCGAAUUACGGGUCGUUGCUAGCCAGAAUCCUGUUCCAGCCAAUCGAAGAGUCCCUGAGGAUGAACGUGUCUAAACAGUUUGCCUUGAAGCUCAACACCAAAUCCACCAUGGCCACACUCAAUAAUACAAUAUUCAAGGUUGCAACGCUUUAUAUAUAUCUGCUGACACUGAUACUCAUCUUUGCACCAGUGAAUUCGAGCUACCUGGUCAACCUGGCGUUCGCGUCGUUCCCAGACAAGCACAAGCUGUCGCAAGUGUUCCAGAUCUACUGGUACUAUCUGCCGUUUUUGGCUGUCAACGGGGUCACAGAGGCACUGUUCAAUUCGAUCUACACCGACUCGAAACACGUGAGUCAGUAUUCCAGACUGAUGCUGGUGAACUCUAUCUGUUUCUACGCCACGUCCACGUACUUUAUCCAGUACCGGGACCUCGGUCUGGUUGGUCUGGUGGUUGCCAACUCGAUCAACAUGGGGGUGCGAAUAAUCUUUUGUUUUGUCAAGCUACGUUCCAUCAUCGACUUCAAAUCUCAGCAGUGGCAGAAGUUUGUCUACUUCUGGACGGCCUCGAUAGCUGUCGUUGCUAUACAGAUGAGCGUGAUUGGCCACGAGACCACCACGUCGCUGGAGUUUGCCAAAAGCUUUCUCCUGGGACUUGUGCUACUUGUUGUGAUUGCUGUUCUAGAGCGCAAAAAUAUAUUAUCAUAA